AUGCCAUCUCCAUUCUCCAUUGAUCGUCGUGCACUUUGCCAACACGCCGACUAUCGAGCUGUUACAGAGAGUAGCAAUCGAAGAGUCUCAAUGAGGGCUUAUCAAGCUCUUCUCGUAGACACCGCUGUUCGUGGCAGCGAUAGAGAAUGCUUUAUUGCAAAGCUGGAAAGAGUCACAAAGCAAUGCGCGGCAUGGGAUGAGCGUUGCCAAGUGCUGAAGGAAAUGGUUGCCUCUGUGGAGGCACAAGUCAAAGAUGUGUGCAAUCGCACUGACCCAAAUGCACUCUCGGAAGCAUUCGAGUACAAUGCAACGGAGAGAGAAGAUGAACUCCGGCAAAUAUGGCGCAAGGCUGCGAAGAGUGAGGUUGAUGGCGGAUUCGUUCUCUUCUGUUCAGAGGAUCCCACAUGCGAGCUGUCAUUCAAGGAUAUAGACCGCUCCAAUAUUCCGGCGACCGCAGACACGCUGGUGAGCGAUGGGAUUGGCCUCCAAGUAUUUCUCAAAGCUGGCAAAGAUUCCCAGAGGCUGCCAAAUACGUCAGUAGGUGACCGGACUGGCCCAUCUAUCAUGAGUUAUGGUCGCGCUAUUGAGAUGUUCGGUGUGCCAGAUGGGCCUGGGAACGACUGGCGCCAAGCAAGCGAGCCAAGUACAGAGCCUGUGGUAAGGGAGGCACUGGCGCAGGUCGAUAUCACGGAAAUAACAUCAAAAGCCGAGAAGCAAGAGGCAAGAACCGAGUACGAUUACCGGAGACUGUGCGAUUGGCAACCCCCAACCACUCCGUUGUUGUCAGAAGACCAACAAUGGGCUCUUUUCGGCAGCAAGAAGCAUAUGGCAGAUGCGGCUAUCCUUGCUCGUCAAUAUGCUAAGCUAGUGGCCGAAAAAGAGCGCAAGAAGAGCACAAAACGAGAGGGGGUCAAGCAGGUCAAGAACGGCAGUCAAGACGACGGGAGCUCAAUGGCAAGUCCUGUAACAUCAGAGAAUCCUAUCGAGACUACAACAAAUAGUGGAUGGCCACCAGUUGAACAACUCGAUUGGGCGGGAUUCACAAACUGGUUAUCCCGCUGCAAACAGGUGGACAAAGCCUUCGGAAGAGAGACUCUCCCGUCUUGGAACAAGCAACGAGAGCAACGCCGAGCCACGGUAGUAGCCCAACUCAAGGCAUGGGUGCCUCCCGAAGGAUUCGAUGACGGUUCGUCGAGCCACCAGCUCCCGUUCUACAACGGCCCACCUCGUUGCAUCCUCGAUGCAAAGAAACUUGGCUUGAACUUGCAACCCGCCAAACGCUAG